AUGGUCGCGCACAACGUCGAUUUCUCUCCAGAGGAGUACGGCACCACUAUGUCCCACCGGCAAAUCUCCCGCCAAUCUGCGAGAAGAGAGCCCCAUCAUAGUCGGAUCAUUGAGGCAACAGCACCCACCUCCUUCUCGAGGAUCUUCGCCAAUGCCGGCCGUGAGGGUCGCCAGGGGCCGCUGCAGCUCCGGAAGAGCCCACCACCUUCGCCCGGCCGCCUGCCUACGACGAGAGUGGCGAUGCCGGCGUCGGCGACUGACUCCGUCUCCAUUGCGCCUGUGCGACACUCCGCAGCACCAAUGAGUUGA